AUGGACACAUCUGGGUCCACCACGGAUUUUGGGGACCACGUGGUGUUACGGUAUGGAGGGACCAAGGAAAUGGUUCCGUUGAUUAGACAUGAACAGAUGCUAGACAUGUUAAUGGAGCGAGCACGUCAGAUAGUACAGGGAUUCGGAAGUUUGGAUACUCGAAAUAUGUAUUUGUUUCGUCACGAGUACAAUUCACCAACUUUGCUUUUUCCAAUCACCUCUCCCAGUCAAAUUGCAAGUUUUUCGAAAAACCCGGGAUGUAUUCUAGAAAUAAUUCUAGUGGAUCGAACAGAAACCGCCGUAAUCCCACAUGUCGUAGAACCCGAAUCCUAUAUGCUUCCAACAUUUUGCGAUUUCUGUGGAGAAUUGCUCACUGGGUUAUUGAGACAAGGAGUUAAAUGCAAAAAUUGCAAUAGGAAUUUUCAUAAACGUGUUCGAAUGCAGCAAGGAAUAAUUGUGGAGCAUCUGGAUCCCCUACCACAGGACAGGGGUCUUCUCGACCGCCCAUGUUACCCCCACUGCCACCAACGCCUACUGGAAUUCAGGUGUCCGCGCUGCCAACGCCUUCUGGUGAGCCUCCCCCACACGCUAAUCGAGCACAGUUAUCGUCAAUUCACAGUAUGUAAAGUGUGUGAUCACUUGCUGGUUGGUCUAAUGAAACAAGGCCUAAAAUGUCGAGAUUGUGGUGUGAAUGUGCAUCGAAAGUGUGCAAUGGAACUUCCCUCGAAUUGCAUUCUAUCAGAAAAUGCGAUUUCAAGAGUCAAUUUUGCCGAUUCGGAGGCUGAACAAGCGUCUUCUUCAGACAAUAUUCCACUGUUUCGAUUACCAGAUGACAUAAAAAUAAAGAAAAAAUUCAAAAAAAAAUUCCUUCAUCGAGAAAAACGCAUCGAAAAAUACGUUUUUUCUAGGCCGCCCGGACAAGUCGGAGUACGAGCAACAGAGAAGAAGAAUCUCGAAGGCUGGAUGAUUCACUUCAUUCUAUCCGAUCCAGAACGUCGUCUAAAACAUUAUUGGAUGAUGCAAAACAACGCGAUUCAUUUGUAUAAUGAAUAUUCCGAAGGGAUCGGCGUUAAUCCGAAUCGCGUCUACCGUAUCAUUCCGUUAGCCGAGAUCACGUCUGUUGUACAGAAUAAUGGGAAAUCCGUCCUGGCUAAACAUCCGCCACACUGUUUUGAAAUUCGAACAACUACGAAUACCGUAUUCUGCGUUGGUGAGGAUUAUCAUGCGUUCUCUGGUGGUCCACCGAAGAAGAUUCCAAGGAGUAUGAGUGUUCGACCCACUUCUAAUACCACCAUGUGGUUUCAGUUCAUCAAAGAAUCACUGCAACCACCAUCUCGAAACAACGAGGAGAACGCUGAGCAAGCGUUGGAAUUCGCGAAUCUUUAUCAAGUUUUAAGUGAUAAAACACUAGGAAGUGGACAAUUUGGAACGGUUUACUCAGCCAUUCAAAGGCACUCUGGAAAGGAAGUGGCGGUGAAGGUAAUUUCCAAAGAGCGUUUCUCAAAGAAAGGGAGUGGAGCGGAAUCGAUGAGAGCCGAAGUGGCGAUUCUCCAACAAACAUGUCAUCCCGGAAUCGUUUGUCUGGAAUUCAUGUGCGAGACGAAGGAUAAGAUUUUUGUGGUGAUGGAAAAGAUGAAUGGGGAUAUGUUGGAGAUGAUUUUGAGUCAAGAACUGGGUCGCCUGAACUCUCGUGCCACCAAAUUCCUGCUCGUUCAAAUUCUCUGCGCCCUGAAAUAUCUACACGAUCAAGGCAUUGCUCAUUGUGAUCUAAAACCUGAAAAUGUGCUUCUAUCGGAUAUGGGCUCAAAUUUUCCGCAAACGAAAAUUUGUGAUUUCGGAUACGCCCGUUUUAUUCCAGAGUCUCAGUUUAGGAAGACUGUAGUCGGUACGCCUGCGUAUCUUCCUCCAGAAGUAUUACAAAGAAAAGGAUACAAUAAAUCAUUGGAUAUGUGGUCCGUUGGAGUUAUCAUCUAUGUCACACUUUCUGGAACAUUCCCUUUCAACGAGGGAGAAGAGGUAAGUAUUUCGGAACAAAUCCAAAACGCGUCAUUCAUGUUCCCAACGGAGCCAUGGAGUGAAGUCGAACCAUUGGCAGUUGAUCUCAUUCAGAAGCUGCUUAAAGUCGAGAUCGAAGCACGAAUGUCUAUAGAAAAGUGUCUGGAGCAUGGAUGGUUGAAAGGAGAACAGUUGUAUCGAGAUUUACGAGAUUUGGAGGUUCGGUUGAAUACACCGAGAUACCUAACCAGUCCUCAAGACGAUGUUCUCUAUGGUCCGCUUCGUUAA